AUGGCCCUGGAGCCCGAAGGACUCGCACGGGGCAAGGAGGCCUUGUCGCGCAGUGGCCGUCUGGCGGAGCGCGCGGUGGACGCCGCGCGCGGAGGAGAGCCCGCCUCCGUGACGGACGCUCUCGGCGGCUACACACUGGGCGUGUGGCCCCUGGGUGGCAUGACGUUCGCGUACUCGAUGGGACUCCCAGAGGGACACGAGCGGGGCCACGCUCGACAGUGCUCCACGUGCGCGCCUGACUCCGCUAGAUUGACGGCCGCCGUAUCUCCUCCAGCCUGCAGGAUCUCGGUCGUGAGGCCGUCCCUCACGAUACCAUGGUUGCUCCUCAUGCUCCUCAUUCUGUUGACAAGUGCCGUUGGGGCGAAUCUGCCGGCGUGGUGGGACCGCCCCCUGGGGCACUUGAGCGGCACCGUGGGUUGGAGGCCACCGCAGGAGCCGGACGCGGUCAUCGCGAGCGCGGAGGCGGCGGUCUCAGGCGGCGACUUGAGCGCCGCCCUCGCGGCCCUGGUGCAGCUGAAGGCCCGUCAGUGGACGCGCGAGCACGCGGACGCCGCCGGCACUGCCGGCGCCUCCGCCGCGACCGCGGCCGCCGCCUCCGCCGUGGGCCGGCGCCCGCAGCAGACGCAGCAGGCGGCGGCCCUGGCCCAGGCCAGCGCCGUGGCCGCCGCUGCGGCCGCAUCGCCGGUCCUGACGCGCAAGCAGCAGCAGCAGCAGAUGCUGCAGCAGCAGCGGCACCAGGCCAUGAUGCAGCAACAGCAGCUGAGGCAGCAGCAACUGCACCACCAGCAGCUGCAGCAGCAGCUGCACGCCCAGCAACUGCAGCAGCACCAGGCAAUGCUGUUGCAGCGAGCGCAGGCCGCACAGGCCGCACAGGCCGCCGCCCAGCAGAAGCAGGCGGCGGCGCAGCAGGCGGCGGCGCAGCAGGCGGCAGCGCAGCAGGCGGCAGCGCAGCAGGCGGCGGCGCAGCAGGCGGCGGCGCAGCAGGCGGCACAGCAGCGGCGGGUGGCCGACAUUGGCCCGCCCGCGACAAUCCCGGCAGAGGAGGCCGAGACGGGGAAGGUAAUGAAGGUGCUGACCCGCUUCGAUGGCUCCAGCGACGCUUCGCAGCUGCAGUUGCAGCCGGGCGACUCCGUCGCGGUCCUGGAGCAGCACGCCUCCGGCUGGGUAUUCGGGCGCAAGGUGGAGAAGGGCGGCGCUGACGACCCCGAGGGCUGGUUCCCGCUGUGGGCCCUCCAAUCGCGGUGAUGCGCCGCGCGCUCCAGGGGGGCCGGGUGGGGGGGGGGCCUCCUCCUUCCUCGGGGGGGGCAUGCAUGGGCGGGCCGCUCCCGCAAUUCGCGUGGCACGCGCGCUUCGGGCUUGUGCUCGCCAGCGUGCUGGGCUCGUGGCAGCCGCUGCCUCGGGCUUCCUAGUUCCCCCCCCCUCCCGCCGCUGCGCUCCUGCUCGCGGCCCCCGUGCCGCUCUUCCUGCUUCUGCGUGCCUUUUUUUUUCUCCCCACUCCCCCUUUGCCGCCCCGACCCGCCCGCCCUCCUCCGCUCCUCCGCGGGGCUUUUUUCAUCUGCCUGGCCCCGCCAGCCCACGUGGUCACAGUUUGGCGCCAAGCCUUGCCAGGGUUGUGCCGCCGCCUGGUCGCGGUUGUGGAGGG